AUGGAGAGGAAGAGAUGGAGAGCUCUUACUUUUCUCUUUGUUACAUUUCUUUUUAGUAAUGUUGUGCUUUCAGCACACUCUACUGUGGCUGCUCCUGCUGUUGCUGCUGCUGUUUACCGAGGCUCCUCAGGUAACGGAAGUGAUAUCAAAUGCCAAGCAGAGGAGGGGACGGAGUUCCAAUUUGUUUCUGGUAUCGAGAGGGGGUUUCUGGAGGAUAAGAUUCCUUCACUUGAUUACAAAUUUCUCGAUGCAGACAAACCCGUCUGUAAUACUGGCAAGGGCGAAUCAUAUAGCAACGGCAAGUGCUACCCUCCAAG